AUGACCAAACGAGGGGUCUUCUCUCCGGUCAACGCAAUUGGCAACCUUUCUAAUGUCUCCUCGUUGCUGUGGCACACAUUCGCUGCUCUCCCUUCCCCUUCCUCCUCGGUCAACUGGGCCGGUUUCUACAUUCGCGAUGACAAGUUCCCCGCCCUCGCGUCACCCGUCUCAUCGCCUCCCCUCGGCGGCGGGCCCAACAUCGGCAGCGUAACGAUCUCGACCACAUACGCUUCAACUGAGGACCAACUCCUGCUUCUGGGACCAUUCAUGGGAAAGCCUGCUUGUCAAGAGAUCCGCUUCGGCAAGGGUGUCUGCGGCACCGCUGCCGCUACCCAGAAGACUGUUGUCGUGCCAGACGUGGAGCAGUUCCCGGGACACAUUGCCUGUGAUGCCGAGAGCCGCAGUGAGAUCGUUGUUCCCAUUCUUGUUCGGGGCGAGACCGUCGCCAUUAUCGAUAUCGAUUGCGCCCAGCCCGAUGGCUUCGACGACGUGGAUAAAAAGUACCUGGAGGAAUUGGCUGAGAUCCUGGCUGAGAGCUGCGACUGGUGA